AUGGCCACAUCUACUACCUGCGAGGCACUAGUCCUCCACGGCGCCAAAGACCUUCGCCUGGAAUCCAAACCCGUCGCCCAACCCGCCCCCUCAGAAGUCCAAGUCGCUAUCCGCGCCACCGGCCUCUGCGGCUCCGACCUCCACUACUACAACCACGGCCGCAAUGGCGACUUCGUCGUGCGCGCCCCCAUGUGUCUGGGCCACGAAUCCUCCGGCAUCGUAACAGCCGUCGCCCCCGACGUCACGACCCUCAAAGUCGGCGACCGCGUCGCCCUCGAAGUCGGUCUCCCCUGUCGCAAAUGUCUCCUCUGCCAACAAGGCCGCUACAACAUCUGCCCCGGCAUGCAAUUCCGCAGCUCCGCAAAGAUCUACCCCCACCUUGACGGCACCCUCAUGGAACUCACCACCCACCCAGCCUCCAUGUGCCACAAGCUCCCCGACAACGUCAGCUACGCGGGCGGCGCCCUCGUCGAGCCCCUAGCCGUGUGUCUCCACGCCAUCCGCCGCUCGAGACCCCCUAGCGCGGAGGACCUCGAACUCGCGCAAAGCCUCGGCGACGCUUCGGGCUCUUCGGCGCUCAUCUUCGGCGCCGGCGCCGUCGGCCUCCUCCUUGCCUCUGCACUGGCCGUGCAAAACGCCUUCUCGACCAUCGUGGUCGCUGACAUUGAUGCCUCGCGGCUCGCCAUCGCCGACUCAUUAAACCUAAACCUCCGCACAACUCUCAUCCCCAGGCCCAGCACUCCCCCGCCCGGCCCUGACGCCCCGGCGGCCGAACAAUCCGCCUACGCGCUCACGAACGCACAAAUCCUCGCUUCCUCGCUCAAGGAAUCCCACAGUGUCGGGGCCGGAUUCAUCCGCGUCUACGACUGCACAGGUGUCCCUGCCUGCGUACAAGCCGGGAUCUACGCGUCCGCGCCGGGCGGCGUACUCGUGCAGAUCGGGAUGGGGAACCCGGUGCAGACGGUCCCUGUGGGAGCGGCGGCGUUGCGGGAAGUCGAUAUCAUUGGGGUGUUCCGGUACGAUGGACAUGCUUAUCCGGCUGCGAUUGAGUUGAUGGCGAGUGGGCGAUUCGGGGUGGUCGAGGAGAAGGUCGUGACGCAUCGGUUAGAGUUGAAGGAGGGGGAGAGGGCGUUUGGGUUGGCCGGGAAGGGAGUUGAUGAGGAGGGGAGGCCGGUUGUGAAGGUUGUUAUUGAGAGUUAA